AUGAAAACGAUACGAUGGGAUGAAAAUCUGGUACGUCUGCAACUGUGGGACAUAGCAGGUACGCUGAAGAUGAUGAAGCAAGCUUACACCGACAACUUGUUACUAGGACAAGAAAGAUUCGGAGUCAUGACCAGGGUUUAUUACAAGGAAUCGUCCGGGGCUGUCGUGGUGUUCGACAUCAGCAAGGCGAACAAGUUGGAUGGUGUGGUCCGAUGGAAAAAGGAUUUGGACGCAAAGUGUCGCCUAAGAAACGGACGAUCAAUACCGACGAUCGCAUUGGCCAACAAGUGUGAUUUAGAAAAGUACUGUAGUUUUCAUGACAAAAGCGGCAUGGACGACUUCUGCGUGAAGUACGGCUUCGUCGGAUGGUUUGAAACGUCCGCGAAAGAAAACGUUGGCAUCGAUGAGGCUAUGAAACACCUGGUUAACCACAUGAUCACCAUUCAAGCAGCUGGCGAUUUUGAAAUCCCCGUUCUUGAAGACGAUCAGAAAGCGAUCCGGUUGACCAGCUUCCCGUCGACGCCGGACAGUCACAGAAAAUGUUGUCGUAUUUGA